GACCAGUCAAUGAUGCUAGUGUUUUGUGUUUUUGUUCUAAUCAAUUAGAUAGUUUCAUACAAAAAUGCAUUGAUAUUUUCGCGUAGAUUUUAUUUGAAGCAAAUAUAUUAUAGGAAAGAUAAUUAAAUGAGUCAAUGCAAGUCAAAAUGGUCGUACAAAAGAGUUGGAAUAAUGUAGAAGCGUCUCAUCAAAAUACAGCUUCAGAAAACUCCUCAAGCUCAACAUGGAACUUCCAAGCUCCUGCGAAAGCCGUCGUCAAUAUACGGGGCACGGUUACGACUAGUGUCCCUGUUAAGCAGCCGGUAACAAGGCAAAUAGCAAUAAACACUCUAGCUGCAAUGCACAGACGGUUCAGCCUGCCAGGCCCAGUGCAGCCUCACUCAAGACCGAUAUCAGAGUUUCGAGCAAGUGCCAAUAAAUCUCUUGACAUGCUGCGGCAAACGUUACAAUCUGCUGUUACAAGAGAGAUCGAUCAAGUUAUUAAGAAGUAUUUAGAGAAAUUCUUUGUUCCUGCUGUCAAUAAUAUAAGACUGAAUUUGGGGGAUGAAUCUGUAAGUGAAGAUCAGGUAAGAGCAGUGUGCCGUGCAAUGUUGGAUGCCACCAGACUUUUAUACACCACUCCUCCUCGGCCUACUGCAUCUCCAUGCGAAACCAGCGAUUCGGAAUCCAGCAACAGCGCUGAUUCAAAGACUUUCAUCAAACAAAACAAUUUACAGAGCCCACAAAAUAAACGAAAGGAAUCAGAAACAGAUUCAGACUUAAAUGCAAAACGGCCUAAGAUUGAGGAAAAAUGUGACAGUGGCUCUUCAUCACCAUUGCCCUCUCCAGCCAUCAGAGAUCCUGAGAAAUGGAACCCAGCAAGAUUGACACAAGAGACUCUGUUCAUAAUGGGGUCCCAUGCACACAAGGUGUUGGGCCUUGGGAAUUCGCGUGGUCGGUUAUACACUAGACAUGCUGGCUUGCUGAGAUAUCCAGCUGAUAGUUCAGAUAAGGAAUGGAUUGCCAGCCAUAAUCUUGUGAAUGCUGUAGGAGGCAAGACUUACAUAAUGGUGUUAGAAGACAUUGAAGAACUCGCUCACAGUGAGGCAUAUCGCCAUAAUUCUCUGCCCAUGCUUGGAGAGCUCACCGGCUUCAAAGUGCCCCCUUUCAUGCUAAGGAAAAUAAAGAUUUAUGUCGCGAAAAGAGCCAUGACUGGGGACUUAACAAACUCAGACAGCCCUCAACCUUCGACAAGUACGCAGUAUGAAAUUAAGACCGAAAUAAAAGUGGAACCGCAGCAGGAUAGCUAUGAAAACUUUAAUGCUAGUCAAUAUAAUACAGAUAAUACCAAAGAUUUUGCUGACGUAGCCGACAUUUGUAUUAAGGAGGAAGAUUUUGCAGAUAUAAAAGUGGAAGACAUGGAAGAUAUUAAAGUUGAUGACAUUAAAGUGGAGAAUAUGAAUGAAGAAUUGGAUGUUAAUAAUAUCAAGGUUGAGAAUAUUGAUGACCUUAAUGUUGAAGGUAUUAAGGUCGAAGAUAUAAAGCUGGAGAAUGAGGACUUUGAUCUUUGCAAACAGUCUGAGGAUGACCAAAGUCAUUUAGUUGAUGGCUUGUUAGAAGACGAUAUAGAAUUUUUGAGCAGAAACCUUGGCAACAUUGAAAGUGAGGCAGAUGCACGAAAGACUAUAGAAAAAUUGACAGGCGCCAAUGCAGACACGAUCACGUUAGUAGGUGAUGAAUUCGAUUUGGGAUCUACUUUAAAUACAAGUAAUGUAAGUGUCCACAUUGUUUCAGGCUUACAUGCUUACACAUUCAAUAUUUAUCUCACCCAUGAGUUACCUAUCAACUCAAAAACCGGAACAUUCAGUACGGUCAUGUCCCAAGGGACUGCGAACGCCAUAAUCGGCUUCGGCACACGAACAACCAAUGCUACCACUAUCAUCGGCACUCCAACGCAGUACGUCAACGUGUCAUCCAAGAAUUUCCCAACCGGUAACAUCUUGCAUAACGCUAUCGUCUCGCGGAACAUAAUCAACCGUAAUAGCUUUUCUGCUACUACAUCUGGUGUGACCUUCAACGUGACCACAGUCAAGCCCUCUCUGCAUACUACAGCUCCAAAGAUAAGUACCAACUCAACGAGUUCAGCAGAUUUUGAUAACAUUUCUACAACCAAAGAUAUGAUUGACAACGCAUGUAGCUCAUCUGUAAUGUUGAAGAAAGUACUAACAUUGGGCAGUGCGGGAGCUACAAAGUCUUUUAUGAUGCACAAUACACAAAAGGUCUUAUCAACUGGGUUCGCUAAUGGGGCUACUCCACCGCCGAAUGUUACUAUCGUCAGUUCUGGAGCAAGUGGAGGGGUAAUAAGCAACAAUAAUGUUGGAAAUACGACUUCCAACAUUGUAAGUCCUACUUCGGGAACGUUGAGUGCUACACACGCUACAUUGUCUGCUCUUCUCGCGUCCAGUGAGAACUCACAGACUAACAAAAACUAGCAUAGUAUUCAAGAGGUCUUAUCCUCUGGUUUCGCCAAUAGAUCACCGCCCCCAAAUGUGACAAUUGUUAGUUCUGGUGCAAGUGGAGUAACAUACACAAGUUCAAGCAAUGCUAGUACAAGCAAUUUGAGAGCAAGUCAUUCGAUUUUGUCAGCUCUUUUGACGGGCAGUGAGUACGGUGAUAUAAAGAAACAUUGACAUUACGACACAGAUAAUGCGCUACAAAAAUGUUCCCAAUCAUUAUUGAUCUCAUUUAUUAGUGUUAAGGUGUAAACGACUGUAGUCUUUCCCUAAUAUCAUAAGACAUUAUAAUUGGUACAAAGAUCGAACAAACACAGAAAAACAAUCCUUCUAUCCAACUGGACUUGAACCAGUGUCUGUCGCCUCAACGUAGAGACCGCUACGGAUCGAGUCAGUAGAUCUUAGGAAUUUCCCUUUACGAUCGUUGCGGAUCUUUGUAUUGGGUUUUUAACCGGCUUCCUUCUCGA